UCGCUUUCAGCACAGUGCAAGCGUACUUCGCAUAGACAUCUAACAUUCUCUAGAAAUUGUCUACGAACUAUCCGUUAUGUUGAAAAUUUUCACUCUACUCAUCCUUUGUCUGUGGAUCUCACAGGGUGAGGCGCACCGCGAAUUCCCCAUCUACUUUGAACCGUUGAACGCGUGCGAUGACACCACUACUACCUAUCAACUUUGCCGAGAUUUCCGUGACAUACGCAAUCUGAUUGAUGCGAACACUUUGGUCUACUACAUCUCUCAAGGCUAUUAUAACGACAAGGCAUUCCGCAAUGCCAUGGACUUCAUCAAAACCGACCAAUUCCAAUCGGUGUCACAACAACUUGCCGAUAGUUCCGUUUAUCAGACAGUGCUUAAGCACUUUUCCGAUGCUGGCGUUAACACAGAAACCAUCUCCAGCAUUUCAAACAUUUUUAAUUGUCUGAUGAUUUCGAUACCCGAAUAUGGUGAUGAAGCGGAGUUUACUAAUGGAGAAAUGUCGAAGAUCGUGCUGGAGAGCCGAUCUUUGAAUGAUAUCGUUCAGAAUUUGGUGAAGGAAAUUCCAAAGUCGAAGCUUCGCCACUUGUUACGGGAAAAGAUGUAUGAGAGUAGAGAAUUUGCCAACUUCUAUCGCGUGUUACGCAGCCGCAGCUUCCGUCACGAUGUCAAUAGGCUACUGAAAUCAUACACAACAAGGUACCCGAUUAACGUGUUGAAACGCCAUAAUAUCGAUCUGCAGAAAUUGCUAGAAUACGCAUACAAGAUCAUCGAUUUGACAAAAAAUUAAACUGCGGCCACCGGCUCAUCUGAAACAGAUAAUUUGAGUUUGCGCUUUGAAAUUUGACAGCGAUGUAAAUAAAUUGAAUUGAAUUUGUCCAAAAA